AUGAAACUACUUACUCUCAUGCUGCUGCUCUCUUCGAUUUACUACAGCAGAGUCCUGGCCGACUUCUUGCGCGGAAGCACUGUCACAACAGGAAGCCCUUGGAGAUCACCCGGAGGAACCUUUGGAUUGGGAUUCGUAAUGCCUGAGUCUUCAAGCACCCGGAACUUCAAUCUAGCGAUCUGGUAUGAUAUAGAUCCGAAGAAGACUGUCAUCUGGAUGGCAAUGGCAAACGGGCUGCUGGUCCAGGUGAGUGAAAAUGCCAAGCUUGAGUUGAAAGCCGAGGGAGGACUUUCCGUAACUGAUGGCAGCAGCUCCGUCCCCUUGUGGCAAACCAAUCCCGGACAGUGUUGUGCUGAAAGUGCUACGCUGCUCGAGAACGGGAACUUAGUUGUCCUUGGGAAAGACAAGAAAGUUGUAUGGCAGAGCUUCGACUCUCCAACGGACAACCUUUUGCCCGAGCAGCAGCUCCGCACGCAAGGAAAUCCGUCCUUGGGAUACACGAGGUUGAUUUCCCAGUCUGGAGCAUACCAGCUUGUUCUCAACAGUGGUCAGGUGCUGCUCAAGAACUUAAAGCUGGAGAUCCCGCAAAAGUACUGGUCUAUCGCGAAUCCGACACUGAACUCCACCAUGACUUGCCUGGAUGACGAAACCGGAGAGCACGUCUUGAACAACAAUGCUUGCCAGCCUGAUCGUUCUCUCAAGUUCCCGGCCGUCUUGAACUUGAGCUCUCAAGGGGUCCUUUCCUUUUACGACGCAACUGGAAAGAGCUGGGCAUCAGGAUCAAUGAGUUCACAAGACUACGCGCUUGACUAUGACGAUGCGAAUGUGUUGAGGAGACUUACGCUGGACGACGAUGGCAAUCUCAGGAUCUACAGCUUCGGCCCGAAGAACAAGAGUGGCUCCUGGAGCGUCGUCUGGCAAGCCGUCAUGCUCGAGUGCGACAUCUUUGGAACAUGUGGACCUUUCGCUCUCUGCACCUACAGGCCCACAAAAAUUUGCAGCUGUCCUCCUGGAUUUCACCGAGUUGAUCCAAACGACGAAUCGAAGGGUUGUGACUACGAUAUACCUCUGGGAGCUUGUCAAAACUCCCCGAACUCGGUGAAGCUCGUCCAGGUGAACCGAGCAGACUACUACUUCAAUGAUUACAACUUCGACUCGAGCAUCAAGUCGCUCGAGAAGUGCAAGGACACCUGCAUGCAAGACUGUAAGUGCCUGGCAGCCGCGUACAAGUACGACGGCACGGGCUUGUGCUUCCUCAAAGGCAACUCCAACAAGCUCUAUAACGGUAAGCAGACCUUGAACGAGAUGAACAUGGUGUUUAUGAAGUUGUCGAGCCUGGACACAUCUGCAGCCGACGACCAGCACGAUCCCUUCCUCGCGGAUGCAAACGCCACGGUGAGUGACCAAGUCAUGCCAAAGAUAAAUAAACGGACAGUCUACCUCUCGCGGCACCUCCAGUCCAUCAUUCUGUCCGUGGCCAUCGUCGAGUUCGGGCUGUUUGCCACUGGAGCCGCGAUCGUGGCGGCUGUGUGGAAGAAAACCUCCCGCAAGAAAUGGGAGGAGAUGACGGCAGAGAUCGAGGGGCUCCCGACCAAGUUCACGUAUCGCCAGCUCCAGGAUGCUACAGACAACUUCCGCGACGAGUUAGGCUCGGGAGGAUUCGGGAGCGUGUAUAGAGGAAACAUACCGGAGAAAGGUGGCAUUGUGGCCGUGAAGAAGAUCACCACCGUGAACCAGGCCAAGAAGCAAUUCAAGGCCGAGGUGAGCACGAUUGGAAGAGUACACCACGUCAACUUGGUUCGCCUCCUCGGCUACUGUGCCGAGGGAGACCACCACCUCCUCGUCUACGAGUUCAUGCCAAACGGUUCUCUCGACCACCACCUCUCGGCCUCGUCCUCGUUCGCUGCCUCGCAAGAGAUCUUCUCAACCUGGGAGACACGACAUUCAAUCGCGCUGGGGAUUGCCAAAGGAUUGACGUACCUCCACGAGAAGUGUGGCGAGCGCAUCGUUCACUGCGAUAUCAAGCCACAAAACGUGCUGCUGAACGAGAGCUUCCGGCCAAAGGUGUCCGACUUUGGGCUGGCGAGGAUGAUGACAAAAGAAUCGAUGAGCAUCACCACCGUGCAAGGAACCAGGGGAUACCUCGCCCCGGAGUGGCUCGAGAGCCAAUCCAUCACCCCCAAGGCCGACGUCUAUAGCUUUGGGAUGCUCCUGCUGGAUAUCUUGGGCGGCAAGAGGAAGGCCCUCAUGGAGCUGGGCAGCGGAGACAAGGAAUACGAGAAUGCGCCACUGCCACCGCCCCGCGAGUGGUAUUUCCCGAUCUACGCCUUCCACAAGUACAUGACCUCGGAGCUGGAGAGCGUUGCCGAUCCAACCCUGGCGAGCGGCAGCGUGGAUUGGGGGCAAUUCGAGACGGCGCUCAAGAUCGCGCUGUCGUGCAUCCACCAGGAUCCAGGAUCUAGGCCAGCGAUGAGCCGCGUGGUGCAGAUCCUGGAGGGCAAAGCGGAGGCACCGCCGCCGCCAUUUCCAGACGCUGGCGAAAAUGAUCUGUUCGUGGCGCUGCAAACCUCGACUAUAUGCUAG